AUGCAUUAAUGGCUCGGCACUGGGAUUAAUGCAGAUGCAACAACACUUGCAGUGUUUCAAAAUAUGAUCAGUAAACCCUUUGCGGAAGCCCAAUCACAUAUACUGUCACCGCCUUCAAUGUUUCCUAUACGCACAUGAUAUCAACGUUGUGAUAUGAAUAAUGACACCUGCCUUCCUUUCCCAACUACGAAUGUAACUUGUUUGCAAUGACCGACCUUUUCACCGCAGUCUGUCCUCGGAAAGGGGAGGGGUCAUAGCUUAUUGGGAGUCAUCAAGCAAGGACACGGAUCCGGAAGUAGGCGAAAUUCUGAAAAGGUUCAACAUGGCCGUUGCGGGGAUUAUCGAUGAGCAUGGAAGGUUUCUGCCUUUGUCGACCUUGCAGGAGAGUCAUUAUUUAUUUGCAAAAACGGAUACAGAUAUCAACGUCUCAUGCGUGGAAAGCGUCGACAGUACGAUACCAGAUUCCACCAACCCCACACCUACCUCAAAUGCCACACCGACCCCUGCGACUAUACUCGCGCGAAUCUCGCCCAUUGCAGCUGGUGAGCGACACGGACAAUCGCACUGUCCAGUUAAGAAGAAGCGACAUGUUUGUACGUUUGAUGGUUGUGUCAGGGCGUAUGGGAAAUUAUCUCACCUGAAGUCACAUAUAAGGACACACACAGGUGAGAAGCCCUACCCUUGCUCCUGGCCCGACUGUGAGAAGAAGUUUUCCCGUUCUGAUGAACAGAUCCGCCAUCUGCGGACUCACACAGGAGAGAAACAGUUCCAGUGCCCACUGUGUGCUAUGCGCUUCAUGCGAAGCGACCACCUGCUCAAGCAUGCACGCCGCCACCCUGGCUUUGAACCGUCCAUGAUCCGGAAGGGGGAGUAGAGCGUCGAGUGCGUUUACAUGUUUGUUGUACAACGUUUUACUACAGAAAACAACUUUUUGCAGUGAAAACAAGUUUCUGUACCCGCUUUGACUGCUUUGCGUUAUUUGCGUUAUUGUUUUAAACUGUUGGGACUUAUAAUUACCUACCUGGUAAUCUCUUGUGGACAAGCGGCAAUUGUUCUAGUUAUUUGGACACAAUUUCACUGUUGGCAUGUUUUGAAUUUAAGAUUUGGGAAGGACACGUGGACUUUAGACUUGCCUGUAAUUUGGGGAGAAAGAGGGGUGGCGAUCUGUAUUUAAUUAGUAUUUAUGCAUUUUCAUGCUUUAUUUCACAUGGGAAGUGUAAAUUUAGAGGAGGAAACAUUUGCUCAAAGAACAUUGAGUUGGGUUUUGCCCUAUGCAGGAGCAGUGCAUUUGUGGACCCAGAACUUAAUCAUCUGACCAAUCAUGCAAUACUUAAGUAUUGGGUUAACCUGAGGAUUCACCCCUCAUCAGACCAGAAGUGAAGAAUGGGAGAGGAAGAGGUUCUGUAGCCAUACCCUGAUCCCAGACCUGUUGUAAUAUUUCUCCUUUACCAUUGUCAUCACAAUGCCAUGCAUUCAUGUUAGUCUUGACAAGGACCACAUACAUGUUAGCAGGCUGCUGUAUCUGACCUCAUUCAGCUGCUCUCACAAAGUUCAUCUAGUAUUUUGUAUUAUUGAUUAUUAAAAUCCAGUGUAUGUAGUUUUUGUUCAUGUUAAUAUAAGUUGACAUUUUCCCGUGUUCCAAGCAGAUAAAUUAGUCCCCCCACAAUAACACUUCACAAACAUUUUAAAUGAAACUCAUCCCUAUGCCCUUGGCAUGGAUAUUCAUAGCAUUUACAGUAAGACAAGAUGUCAAUACAUGACAAUUAUUUAUGGAACAGUCCUGAUUAAUGAAACAAACUGCUGGUACUUUACUAUAACAAUGUUAAUCCAAGCUCAGAGCCCUAAGACAUGCCAUUUUUGAAAAAUGGCACUUUUACAUUGUUUUUUUUAUUAAUCUAUGGCUGCCAAUGUAAUAUAUUGUUUUAUUAUUCUCUGUGCAAAAUAUUCAUACUGUUUUGUCAUCCAGCUGACAGAUUUGAUGUAUUUUCUACUACCACUAUAUAACAUUGCUGGGAAAAUUUGCAUAUUUAUGAAAUUUCAAACACAUUCACUUGUUUCUACAUAAUUAUUUCUCAAAAUAAAAGCAUAUUUAUUUUUCA